AUGGUGCACCUCAUCCGCAUUCUCUGUCCUGCCUUCUGCAUCGCGUGUGCCGCAUCUAUGGCCAAGGGCAACGCCCGUCGGGAUGACGGCUACGACGGCGGAAGCGUCCCGGAACCAAAGGCGUAUCGCUACAGCGCUGUCAACGCGGAUGGAUACAAGCAAGCCCUUAAGCAGCCGAGCCAUCCUCAACUGCGGUACGUGUUGGACAUUGCAAACGAGCAUAUCUGGUACAAUAAAAGUGCAGUAAAAAGUCGCACAAACCAGCAUCGCUUGCACGCCAAGGACACCCUCAGGUUGCCGAAAAUGAACUUGCGUGCCCGCACUAUGGCUACUAGUAACUCAACGGACAGCUUCGAGAGCCUCGCCAUCACUAAGCACACUAAGCGGCCUACCGAAACUGACUGCUGCUACCAGAUGACAAACUCGGAUCCGUGGGUACCACUCCUGGCUCUAUGCAAACGCCCCAAGCCUGUCGACUUCCUGAACGUCAUUCAUGAAGACUGCCAGGCUACCAUGCUGAGCUGGGAUGAGCCCGGUGGCGGGCAUGUGUUUCGCGUGCUUGGAAGCCAAGGAGACCAGCUUGUGCGCGUGCUUCGGCUGCGUGAGACGGAGGUCCCUUGGCAUACAUCCCGUCUGAGAGUUGCCAGAGAACUAAGCAAUCUCAAGGACAGCGUGGACAACCGGACGUCCGCAUUUUUUGUGGACGCGAGAACCAGUCUCGUUAGGGACAUAUAUCCGAGACUGUUAACAAGUGCGAAAGAGCAGCAAGACGAUCAGUUUCUCCUGUGCUCGGCUUCCACAUCUCCAGAGGAACCGGAACCGGUAGCCGACUACUUGGUAACAGAGAUGCAGCCGGACUGGAGGCCCCUCCCGAAUUACAAGCUGAACAAUCCAAACCAAGCGCUAAGCGUGCUCGGUCAGGCGUGCUGGGCACUGGCAGUGGCCGAAGCCGAACUGGAACUGGAACAUCGCCUACCGCGAGUCGGCGCCGUGCUGGUUCGCCCUACGCGGUCACCCCGUGUCGAGUUUACGCUGCGUGGCCACAUCGUUCGGAUUCCCAGCGCGGGUAUCAAAGUGCGCCUGCAAGGACUACAGCUGGCCAGACUACGCAUAGGAACAAGGGUUGAGUUUACGCAUUUCACACGUUUCCACGAGUUUGUGAGAGCCGAAGACGAGGUCGCCGUGUGCGCCAGGAUCGCCGACCUGCUGAGCAAGAGGCCCACCAAGUUCGAGCCACUGACGAACGUGCUCUGGCUCCAGCAUCUGGCGGACUGGCUGGCAUUACAAUACGCCGAAGCUUCGUCCGUGCUUUCGCAUUGGCAAGGCGUGCUGGCCGCGUCCAGCUCGGCGGAGCAUGCCACAGUGGGGAGCGGUCGUACCUACGCACUUUUUGGAACACCGUCAACUUAA